AUGGCUUCAAUCCUUCGAUCAUUCAAAGCUGUCGCACCAGCACUCAGACGACCCAUCAUCGCUUCCAAGACCGUCAAUGUCCCCAGAGCAUUCUCAGUCUCCGUAAACAGAAGUGCAGGUCAUGGUCCACCUCAACUCCUUGGUCCUGGUUCCAAACCCGGAGAAGUCCCAACUGACGAACAACAAUCCACCGGUAUUGAAAGAUUCGAACUUAUGGGUAAACUUGAAGGUGUUGAUGUGUUCGAUAUGAAACCACUUGAAAUCACUAGAUUGGGUACCGUUGAAGAUCCUAUUGCUGUUUAUUCUUUGUUCCCCGAAAGACAAGUUGGAUGUACCGGUUUCCCAGCUGAUUCUCACGAUACUAUUUGGUUGAACGUUAACCACGAACUCAAAAACCAUCGAUGUCCCGAAUGUGGAUCUGUCUACACCCUCAACUUCCAAGGCGACGAACAUCUCCUUCACGACGAUGGGGGACAUCACGGUCACCCUUAA